AUGAAGAAAUGUCUUCACAGAUGGAGGAAGAGGAGCAUAGUUGGUGAGGAGGAGCAGCGGUCCUGCUGUGCUUUGUGUCAGAAGGUCCUGAUGGAUCCGGUCUCUACCAGCUGUGGACACUGGUUCUGCAGACAGUGCAUCACGUCAUACUGGGUCCAGUCUGCUCCAUCAGGACCCUCCUCCUGCCCCCAGUGUGGAGAAAGACCCAGAACCGGAGAUGGACUGCUGGCAGCCAAUCAGAGCAGCUGUGCUCCAGAUGUUGGUCUGCAGGAGGUUCUAGAGGAACAUAAGAUCAGUCUGAGGAGGAGAUGUGAAUGUGUGACUGAAGGAAGUGAUGAACCAGGAAGUAGAACCCUCCUCAACAGGAUCUACACUGAUCUCUACAUCACAGAGGGACAGAGUGAAGAGGUUAAUACCCAACAUGAGGUGAAGCAGCAGGAGAGAGUUUCCAAGAUCCAGAACCUCCAUGACUCUCCAAUCAGGUGUCACGACAUCUUUAAAGCCUUACCUGACCAACAUGGACCUAUCAGAGUGGUUCUGACCAACGGCGUCGCUGGUGCUGGAAAAACCUUCUCAGUGCAGAAGUUCACUCUGGACUGGGCCGAGGGCUUGGAGAACCAAGAUGUCCGUGUGGUGGUUCUGCUGUCGUUCAGGGAGCUGAACCUGAUCAGAGGUGAGCAGCACAGUCUUCUCACGCUGCUCCAUGUUUUCCAUCCAACCCUCCAGAAGCUCCCAGCAGAGCAGCUGGCUGCCCACAAACAUCUCUUCAUCUUUGACGGCCUGGAUGAAAGCAGACUUUCUCUGGACUUCAACCACAGUCGGCUUGUUUCUGACGUCACACAGAAGUCAUCAGUCGACGUUCUGCUGACAAACCUCAUCAAGGGAAACCUGCUUCCCUCAGCUCUCGUCUGGAUUACCUCCAGACCUGCAGCGGCCAAACAGAUCCCUCCUUCAUGUGUUGCCAGGGUAACAGAGGUACGAGGCUUCAUCGACGCCCAGAAGGAUGAAUACUUCAGGAGGAGGUUCAGUGAUGAAGAGCUGUCCAGCAGAAUCAUCUCCCACAUCAAGACCUCCAGGAGCCUCCACAUCAUGUGUGGAAUCCCAGUCUUCUGCUGGAUCACUGCUACGGUUCUGGAGAACAUGUUGACCACAGAGCAGAGAGGAGAGCUGCCCAAGACCAUGACUGACAUGUACUCUCACUUCCUGCUGGUCCAGAUCAGAAAGAAGAAAAACAAGUACCAUGAAGGACAUGGGAGGAGUCCAAAGGGGCUGGUGGAGGCCAACAGGGAAGUUCUGCUGAAGCUGGGUAGGCUGGCGUUAGAACAUCUAGAGAAAGGAAACAUCAUGUUCUACCAAGAAGACCUGCAGCAGUGUGGUCUGGAUGUCACAGAGGCCUCGGUGUACUCAGGAGUUUGUACAGAGAUCUUCAAGAGAGAGAGUGUGAUGUUCCAGAAAGCAGUCUACUGCUUUGUUCAUCUGAGCAUUCAGGAGUUUCUGGCUGCAGUCUACAUGUUCCACUGCUUCACCAGCAGGAACACAGAGAGGGUGGAGAACUUCCUGGGACAAAAAUACAGUAAAACAUCUCUGGAGGACUUCCUGAAGAGAAUCAUGCAGAAAUCCCUCCUCGGUGAAAAUGGCCACCUGGACCUGUUUGCUCGCUUCCUUCAUGGCCUCUCUGUGGAGUCCAACCAGAGACUCUUAGGAGGCCUGCUGGGUCAGACAGAGAACAGUCCAGGAACCAUCCAGAGAGUCAUCAACAACCUGAAGGAGAUGAACACUGGUGAUAUCUCUCCAGACAGAAGCAUCAACAUCUUCCACUGUCUGAUGGAGAUGAAGGACCUCUCAGUUUAUCAGGAGAUCCAACAGUUCCUGAAAUCAGAGAAUAGAUCAGAGGGGCUCUCUAUGAUCCAGUGUUCAGCUCUGGCCUACAUGCUGCAGAUGUCAGAGGAGGUUCUGGAUGAGUUGGACCUGGAGAAGUACAACACAUCACCAGCAGGACGACUGAGACUGAUUCCAGCUAUGAGGAACUGCAGAAAGGCUCGACUAGUAGGCUGUAUUCUCGCACUGACUGAAUGUGAAGCUGUGGCCUCAGCUCUGAAGUCCAACCCCUCCCAUCUGACUGAACUGGAAAUAGAUGAGAUCCAUGGAGGGAGAACCUUUGCAGACUCUGGAAUGCAGCAUCUCUGCGAGAUCCUGGAGACUCCAGUCUGUAAAGUAAAGAAGCUGAGAUUAUGGAGCUGCAGGUUGUCAGAGAUCAGCUGUUCUCUGGUCUCUGCUCUGAAGUCCAACCCCUCCCAUCUGACAGAUCUGGACCUGAGCUACAACCUCCUGAAAGAUGCUGAAGUGAAGAAGCUCUGUGGUUUUCUCCAGACUCCCCUCUGCAAACUACAGCUAUUGAGAUUGGGGCGCUGCAGUUUGUCAGAGAUCAGCUGUUCUUCUCUGGUAUUGGCUCUGAAGUCCAACCCCUCCCAUCUGACAGAACUGGACCUGAGUGACAAUGACCUGAAAGAUGCUGGAGUGAAGGAGCUCUGUGGUUUUCUCCAGACUCCCCUCUGCAAACUACAGAGACUGAGAUUGUGGGGCUGCAGGUUGUCGAAGAUCAGCUGUGAUUCUCUGUGUUCGGCUUUGAAGUCCAACCCGUCCCAUUUGACAGAACUGGACCUGAUGUACAACAACCUGAAGGAGUCAGAUGUUCAGCAGUUGCAGGAUCUUGUAAAGAGUCCAGACUACAAACUGGAAUCUGUGCAGUGGAAGGAUCGACCUUAGUAGAGCAGAGAAGCUGAGCUGUCCUGAUGAUCCAGAGGUUGAACCUGCAGCAGUUUGAGUUUAAAUUAUUUUUACUAUUUCUACAUGUUUUAUCUUAUCUACUAUGUUCAUUGCAUUUAAAACAUAUUUACUCAUUACUACUAGGAAAUUUUAAGGUUUUAGUUAUUCAGAAAUUAAAGUGUUUUUCAUGUGACUGAUUUUGUUUUUCAUUUAUUACUGUUUUUGUGUUUAUGGUUUUUAUCAUAGAUUUACUCGAGCAUGUAUACCAAUGGUUACCAUUUCAUUUUACUGUAUAUGUGUAUUGAUUUUCUCUGUCGGAACUAUGAUUAACUGUAGUCAGCCACCUGGAGUCCUUACACAUAACUGUACUGUGUGAACUGGUUUGUAUUAUCUCAAAGGUCUUAUAGUUGUUUUGUUUCUCCCUACUCCUCAGCUUAACAAUGUAACCAGGGAUUCCUUUUUGAAAAACAAAGAGAGGAGGCAACGGUGUAUGCUUCAGAGCAAGCAGGGGAAUUGUAACUGAGCAUAUCUCCAUUCGCCCUCCUUGCAAGAUUUAUAACUAAGUUCUCUGUUGUCUCUCUUCCUUGUGUUGUUUAAUGAAUGUUUUAGGUGUUUGAACCUGACUGAACUCUGAGUUUAGAGAUGUUGAUCUUGUUUAUCUGAUCAUGUCUGUCAUUUAGUGUCUGAUAUUCUUUGUCUCUUUGGACCAAUGAGGAUGAAAUGAAAACUAAGCUGCAUUUAAUGGCUCCAUGUAGUUUAGAUCUGAAUUUGAUGAAACUGUAAAGUUGAUCCUUUUUGUCUCUGCAUCAUUUUCAGCCUGUAACCAAGAAAUCUGAAAUAAAGGUCAACUCUAAAGUUUUCA